UGUCUGGUUCUAUUAUUAGAAAAACAAUCAUGGCCGCUGAGUUGUUGGGUCGCGGAAAUGAUGAAUUUGUAAACGAAAAUUACCAAAAAGCACUUGAGCUGUACACAGAAGCCAUAAGUGUGGAGCCUGACAAAGAUGAGGCCUACUCUCAUAGAGCACAAGCCUAUAUCAAGUUAGAACAAUUCAAGGACGCAGAACGAGACUCCGGAAAAGCCAUUGAAUUAAAUCCAAAAAACAGUAGAGCCUUUUUCAGGAAAGGGACUGCUUUAUUCCAUCAGGAGAAGUAUGCUGCUGCAAAGGAAUGUCUUCAAAUUGGUUUAUCAUUAAACAAUGUGGACAGUAGUAUGAAAACACUUCUACAAAAAUGUGAAGCAGAAAUAGACUUGUGCAUGUCAGAACAAUCCCAGGGAUCAUCAAAGAUUUCUAUUGGCACUUCAUCUGUCAGCCCAUCCACAGAACUUGGUGUCAAUAAAGCAGCUCCAAAGGAUGAGGCUGGUCCAACUGUAACAUCGUCCUCCAACUCAUCUUCCGCCAUCACCAUGCCAACAGGACCGCGGACAAGGUAUGACUGGUAUCAGACUGAAACUAUGGUGAUAAUCACAGUCAUGAUAAAGAAAGUUCAGAAGGAAGAUUGUCACAUAGACAUCAACGAACAAUCAGUGAGUGUAUGUAUUAAAUUACCCACAGGAACUGACUACACACUGGAACUGGACCUGGCCCACAAAGUCCUACCAGAAAAGUCCAUGUACAAAAUAAUGUCUACCAAGGUUGAAAUCAAACUAAAGAAGGCGGAAGGAGUACGCUGGACCAUGCUUGAGGACGACGGCACGACAUCUGUCAUCAAACAGGCUACAGUGCCAAUGGACACACAACCAGAGAGUGACCAGGCCAACAGGUACCCCUCCUCCAGUCAUUACACAAGGGACUGGGACAAAGUAGUGACCAACAUCACCAAAGAGGAGAAGGACGAAAAUCUGGAGGGGGAUGCAGCACUCAAUAAUCUUUUCCAGAAAAUAUAUGGAGAUGGUUCAGAUGAAACGAAAAAAGCUAUGAUGAAAUCCUUUUACGAGUCUGGAGGAACAGUGUUGAGUACAAACUGGAAGGAGGUGGGUGAAGAUAAGGUGGAAGUUAAACCUCCUGAUGGGAUGGAAUACAAAACGUGGGAGACAUAAUUCAAUAUACCAAUCACCCAUCAUCCACAGGCUGCUACUACCCAUAUUCCACACUUGUUUACAAUGACAGAUGAGGCAGUGGUGACUCAAUUCACAAUCAACAAUUUACUGGUCGAUACAUGGCAUGUCAUGGAAGAAGAGUUUUUAUGAUCCACUAUAUUUCAACAUACUUUGUUCUCUCGUGGUAGAGAAUAGGACUGAUCACUUUUUUUGUGAUAAUAUUUGUACAUCAUUAAAGCUGCAUAAUAUUUUUUUGGAAAUUGAUGUUACUUUGCAGCAUGGUGAUAUGGCGACCAAAUAAAUGUUUUGGAAAAAAGAAAAAAAA